AUGGCCGGGGACGGAUCUGCGCCCGCGCCCCGGGUGGCGCUCGACGGGGGUCCCCGCGCCGCCGGCUACCUCCGACGCCGAGCCCCUCAGCUGCCCCAGCUGGCACGGCCCGAGCUCCGGGCGGCCCGGGGCGCGGGGGGCGGCUCCUCCUGGUGGCAGGACGGGGACGGCUGGCCCGGGGUGGGCGUCAGGAGCCCCUCACCGCCCGUCCCGCCCACGGGCACCCGGCGCGGGCAGCCCCCCGUACUGCCGCCCCUGCUCUCACCGCCUGCGCCCUGGGGGUCCGCCCCACGACGCCCCCGGCACGGGGAGCCCGAGGCCGCCCGCCGGGGCCUGGGCAGGGAGACUCGGGACCCCGUGGGCGCGCUCCUGGGAGAGCUGCUCCCCUGCAAGUUCCGCAAGUUUCUGUCCCAACUGCGGGCCAAGUGUGCGGAGGAGGAGCCGGAGCCGGAGCCGCAGGCACAGGGUGAAGCUCACCGAAGAGCAGAAGCGGGGUGGGGAGGCCGUCCCUCCUGGGGCUGCUCUGCCCUGCCCUUGCAGGUCGGUAGAGGCGCCGGAGUGAGGGCGCCCCCAGCCCCCAGCUCCUCCUCCUCCUGGCCCCCAGCGCCCUCAGCAUCUCGACAUCAAAGUGGGGCGUCCGAGCCCUGGCGGCGUUCUCCGGGGUGUCCCAGCUGCCAGUUCCUCCCAGACCUGCAGGACCAGUUGUCCGGCUUCCAGGAGAGACUGGAGAAGAUUUUGCACCAGCGGACAUCUUCCCUGGGACAACUGAGUGGUGACCACUCACAAUUCCCCACAGUCAGAAAGGCCAGCUCGUUCUGUGGCACACCAGCCCCCGAGGCCAUGCCCACCCCUACCCCCUCCGGGGAAGGCUUGGGGCCCCGCAGGCACAGCUGCCCUUUCCAGGUACGGCUUGCUGAUGAGAUGCUCACGGACAGCGCUCUCUGCUACUGGGAACACAGCUGUGCAGUCCAGCAGAGCAGGAUGUCCCCCCUGCCAGCGGAGUCGGUGUCCAAGCCGGGCCUCAGGAGCCUCGGGAGGUGGCUGGACAGUUUGCCCAGGUCUGGGUACCUCCGGGCCAAGGAGGACGCCAUGGCCAGCUCCUCGCGCUGGGCCCAACCUGGCCUGCCUUCCCGGGAGCCGCUGGGCUACCUCUCCAAGGGCGCCUCUCUAAAGGGCAGCCUGCCCUUCAUCCCCAGGGCCACUGCCCGGUGGCCAUGGAGGAACCUGCAGGGGCUCCCGGACACCUGCAGCUUCCUGGAGCAGUUGGGUAGUUGCUCCUGGAGCCAGAAGCCAGUGAGCACCCCACGCAGCCGGUCAUGGGCCUGGCAGGGGGUGGGCUGGGGGGCUGCAGGGGCCAGACCUCCAAGUCUGGUGUGGUGGUGCAUACCUGUGAUCUCAGCACGCUGGGGGCUGAGGCAGGAGGAUCUCCACGAGUUCAUGACCAGCCUGGGCUAUAGUUCAAGACCAGCCAGAACUGCAUAGGGAGGCCCUAUCUCAAAAUAAAAAAACAAACAGAAUGGGCCUGCAGCUGUACCACCCACUAGACUGGAGCAGAAGCACGGGUAUGGGCAGUGCUCUGUCUCUUCCAAGGUCCCCAGCAGUGACCAGCUUCCUCCCCUCCCUAGGAACCCUUUCUGCCCAGCCUGGUGCUCCAGUCCAUCCUGAAGCACAGCUGCCCUAAGGGCUACUAGCUCCUCCUGCCUUCCCAAAUGCCUGUGGGAGCCCCAGCUGAGGGCUGCGUGCAGGCCGGGGCAUGAGGAGUGUCCUGCCUCA